UUUCUUUUGUACCGACAAUCCUCAGAUUUCUCAGAUGGGGUCCUACCUGCAUGCUCUCAUUGCUCUGGUCCUUGCUGUGGACAAGACCAUUGCCCUGGACACACCCAACAAUACAGUGGCGCAUGUUCCUAAGAUUUCCAAGGAAAAGGUCAUAGAGCGCUUCGUCGGAAACCUUGAGGACGAUGCCCCUUCAACUGUUAAUAUGACCACCCGUGCCAUUUCUGAGCCCAAUAGCACUAGAGCUGCCUCGUCACCUCCGUACAUCUUCAAGGACAACCCCAAUCUAGAGUGGCAGUUGUUUGACCACUCCCUCCCCAAUGGAGCAGUGGGCAUUUGGAACGGUUAUACCGGCCGCUACGACUAUGUGUGCAGGCCAACAAGUGGGACUGAGGUGGGGUUCUACAGUAGCAUCUAUGGUGCUUAUUGUUUUUUCCCACGCUAUCCUAACUUGUGGCAGACUAAUGGAUUUUAUGUCCUUGUGAACAAAGAUGACUUUGUAUUCCUGCAGUGGAUAGAGGGAUCUCAUGGGUCUGUUCCCACCCACUCAGUCAGAUCAGGUACAAAUGACGAUGGGCAUUAUGUUGCAAAAAACAAGUAUGGUUUAGGAUUGCUACAUCGUAAUGAUGCAUUCUAUUUGCCUUGGAUCCAAAAAGUAAAAGAUGGGGUAGUCUAUGGGAAAUCUAUAUGGUAUAAAAAAUCCUACCAGGCCUUGGUAAUUAAUUCAAGCCCAUAUUCACAGGAGCUCAAAAAUGUAGAGUACAGAUGGUACGGAGUUAACAUGCAAGGCAGGAGAUUCACAUCAGACAUACCUUACAAGGGUCUCCUUGGCCGUACCUACAGCAACAGCGAGACCAAGUGGACCACCAUCUAUGGCACUUAUAAAGGUGUGCAGGUUGCAGAUUAUCGGGCUGAGGUGGAGCGCUGUGAGCCUUUGAUCAACCCCAAGCCUUGUGAAUAA